ACAUCGUGUGUUUCUUCCUGAAAAGCAGCUUUUUAUAGUAGAUUAAUUUGCAGGAUGAGCAACAAUAAAAUUUCUAACUAUUUAUGUAAUCAGAAAUUUUGCUAUUGGUCAUCCUGUGUGAACAUUUGCUCGAGAUCGUAUUUCAUUACGGCAAAAAGGCGGUAAACAUAUUUUUGCAGUGGAGAGAAAAAUUGUCGCGUCUAAUAAAAGAUAUAGCGCAUAAUAUAGCAUCUCCUUGUUGAACAUUUGAUCGGUGAUAGACCUUUUUGCUCCACUUCUUCGUAAGUACUCUGUAAGUUGGAAUAUUUUAUCUUUGAAAGAGAGAGUAUAAAAACGUUCUUUAGCAUAUGUAUGUGUACGUAACUGAAAACUAUUGCUAAUGUGUUUCAUUUGGCUCACGGAUUUUAAUCUGGCAUCCGAUCUUAAAAUUCUUUUCGAAUGAAUUCGCGAACGAAAAAGAAAUAGAGAAAGUGCAUUGAUUAAUCAAUUAUUUCUAAUCGCUAGCGUUACAUAAAAUUGGAAUCGGUAACGGUAGAUUAAAACAUUGCCUAUACACUAAAUAUUCUCUCGAGAAAUAUAACGGUUGGAAUUCAAAACGGUAACUCAUCCAAUACAACAGACAUAUGGAUGAUAUAACGACAAGAAAAUGUCUUCGUAAUGAAAUUUGCAGAGAAUUGUUUACAAAUAUCUCAUAACGUAAUCAAUUUGACGGAGGCGUUCUUACAUCGGAGUAUCAUCCUUGGAGCUUGAAUUGUGUGGCUGUUUUAUAUAUAUGCCCUUAAAGACAUCUCGCAAAGAUUAUUAAAGGAAAGUUAUUCGAAUGAAAGCGACAAGGCGGUAAGCAUGUUCCAAGUAAUAUAUUGAAAGAUGAUCUCGCCCCAUGUUCUUCGGCGCGAGAAAUGACAAUUAAGCACUUUCGAGCUUUACGCAUUGUUCAAAUAUUUUGAUUAUUGCCACGCAGCAUAUGACACGCGUUAGCUGUCUUGCAGCUUUCGAUUCCGCCUGAUACGGGUUCUGCGAGCGAGCGAACGAACGAACGAAACCGAUCUCAUUACCGUCGUCUCACCGAAUAAUAUUACGCUGCGGCGGCGCGAAGCACGAGUGUUAGAAUUUUUCGGCCACGGGAGAGAGAAAGAAAAAAAAAAGAAAGAAAGAGACGAGCAUCUUGAUAAAAGGGAAAACGCGUCAUUUCGUGAAUUUACGAGGCGAUUUUAUCGUCACCGUCGAUCUCGCGCCGGGGAGUUUCUUGUCUUGGUAUACGUUUGAAUAAUUAAUCCGUUCGCUCCACGUAUAUCCACAUCAGGGAUGCAGCGCGUUACCACCUCGAGAUUACGAGACCGUAUACUUAUCCGGUAUGCUUAACAUAGUCGGUGACGGACAGCGGCCCGACAGAUUUUUAAAUUGCAAAAGCGGGUCGCAUCGACCGAGUAUCCUAAACCUUCUCGCUAAGGGAUACUCUACCUUUUGAUUCUGGAUUACCUGCGGGCAGAGGUCAUUCGCUUUUCCUGUUUUUUGAUUUAUAUCUUUCGAAACUUUAUCGAUUUCAAAAGAUAAUGGAAACUAAUUGUUUAUUGAGAAAUAUAGACCUUAUAUAUGCGUUACUUGACAAUGAAAGAAGAUUUAUGAUGCUUAUUUUUCAUUGAAACAUUAAAAUAUAAAUUUUUGAACGGAUUCUUAAGUGUCAGAAUUGAUUCUUUCUGUUCUAUUCUUUCUUGUUCUUUAGGAAAAUACAUCUUAUAUAUAUUUCGUAUGAAUAAUCAUUUACUCUUGCUAUUUUUACUUAACUUUCUCGCUAAGGGAUACUCUAUCUUUUGAUUCUGGAUUACCUGCGGGCAGAGGUCAUUCGCUUUUCCUGUUUUUUUAUUUAUAUCUUUCGAAAUUUUAUCGAUUUCAAAAGAUAAUGGAAACUAAUUGUUUAUUGAGAAAUAUAGACCUUAUAUAUGCGUUACUUGACAAUGAAAGAAGAUUUAUGAUGCUUAUUUUUCAUUGAAACAUUAAAAUAUAAAUUUUUGAACGGAUUCUUAAGUGUCAGAAUUGAUUCUUUCUAUUCUAUUCUUUCUUGUUCUUUAGGAAAAUACAUCUUAUAUAUUUCGUAUGAAUAAUCAUUUACUCUUGCUAUUUUUACUUUACAUGAUUAUAUUCGUUUAUAAAUGUCAUUUUUGUCUGGAUAAGACAUCAAUAAUUCUGCCAUAUAUAUAUUUCUUACUUGUCGUUUUUUUCAAAGCGGAAAAUUUUUUUGCUUCUUUCUACUUUUCCGCUGGAUACAUCGGCUAUGCUUUUCUUUAUAUCUUUAUUCAUAUUUCGCUUCGAUAAUGCCGAUAUUCUUUAUAUAAUCAUUUUGUUCAUACGAUACAUGUCGGAUAAUGUUCGAAAAACGAUACCAACGUUUACUAUUUCGCAAGCUAAGGAUUUCGGCCAAAGAAGACGAAGGGGGAACCAGAAGGAGGAAAGGAUAGAUGUGUGCGUGCUGUCAGUCAUCGUCACUGAUGACACUAGUAGCGCGUUCAUGAGAAAAGAUACACCGGGGAAAGGAAAAUAUAUAUCUUUCGCAAGAGAAAAAUAAGAAGAAGAGGAAACAUUCGUCCGUGUUAGCGACGCAAAACCAGAAACGUUGGAAUAUAAAUGCGAAUCCCCGUGAUUCUGUCCGCUAGAACCGAUAUGCUAAGCGUAUGGACGGACGUAUACAUCGGCGAGCUUGAAGCAUUGAUCGAUAUACAGUCUCGAUAAAAAGAGACACGCCGGUCGGCUGAAGAGGACGAUGAAGAAGCGGUUGAGGUGAAAGAGGAGGAUAAGAAGAAGACGAAGGGAACUCGCCGCGGUUUUAGAUCCGAUGAUAUAGGUGGCAUCGAUAUAUAAGCCGCUCGUUGACUCGUCGCGUCCUCCGCCCGUGGCCGGGCAUACAUAAUCGGAUAACCGUUUACGUGACACACGACGCCGCCGAGCUCCAGCCCCGAGUCAAUCGCGGCGCUUCGAAAAAGAAACACGCAUUUCGGGAGAACACGACGGAACGACCGGCGUAUAUAAAACCGCGAAUGAACUUUCCAAGUGUUUCAAUUGCCCGAAAACUUUUAUAAAAGUGAUUCCAUCGAUGGUUUCUCCUUUUCCAUAUCAACGCGCUUUUUUUCCCCUCCCGAGCUUCUUUCCAUUUUUGUGUAUAUAUAUAUAUAUGCGCACUCUAUGUAUUCUCUUUCUUUCCCUUUCCCUUUCUCCGACGCGUCUUCCUUCUCACGUACCCUCUGGAUCCAUCGCGUUCUCCAAGUCUUCUACCUCGCUGACUCUCCCUCUGGCUGUGGGUCUCUUACACGCAUUGCGUUGCAUCGCUUAUACUGAUGCACACGCAUGUGUGCGCUUACAUAUUAACUAACUAACUAUACCGCAAGUUAUCUUUCUUUUUCUCCCUUUCAUCUUUUUAUCCUCUCGUCCUGUCCUUCCUCGGACAGGAGUCCUCCUAGCCCUUUUUUUGUCCAGCUCCCGACGAACACGCGCGUCCUCUUUGCCGGUAGCUUCUUCCUCCUCCCCCCACACCCUUUCAACCCGUCUAACUCUUUCUCUUUUUCUUUCUAACCCCCAUCUCCUCAUCAUUUCUCGUCAUCGUUUUUACUUUGCACGCUCCCGUUUAUCUUCCGUGCACACGCGAGCGGAGCCAAGAAUUGCAAGGUGUACCUGUCGGGAUAAAGGAGUCGAAAGAGGGACACCGUGCGAGCGUGACACCGGGAGAAGAGACGAUGCUGGAAUGGUACAUCGGGAUUGCGACCACCAUGCUGGUCUUCUUCAUCUACUUUGCGUAUUUCUUCAAAUUCAACUGGGUCAGAGACUUGAGGAAUGAAGGUAGAACACGGACCGACUGUGGUGUUUAUAUGAGAUCCAGAAAUCGGAAAGUGGGUAAACUACCACCGGUAUAUCCGAAUGGAUGGUUCGCUUUGCUCGAGAGUUCGCAAAUAAAAAAGGGCCAGGUGAAACACGUAUCUGCCCUCGGAGAAAAUUUUGCGGUCUUCAGAACCGAAAGAGGCGUCGUAAACAUUUUGGAUGCGUAUUGCCCACAUUUAGGGGCAAAUAUGGGCGAGGGUGGCCGUGUUAAAGGGGACUGUUUGGAGUGUCCCUUCCAUAGCUGGACAUUUCGCGGGGAGGACGGUCGCUGCGACAAUAUACCUUAUACCGAAAAAGUGCCGGUAAUUGCGCGUGCAAAAGCCUGGAAGUGUCGCGAAGUGAAUCACAUCAUCUUCGUCUGGUACCACGCUGAAUCCGCUGAACCAGAUUGGCAGCCACAGCCGCAAACGCAUAUCUCCAAUGGGACAUGGCGCUAUCAAGGUCGCAAUGAGUUCUUCAUCAAUUGUCACAUACAGGAGAUAGCUGAAAACGGAGCCGACAUUGCACAUCUCAACGCUGUGCACGGUCCAGCUAUGUUCUUCUCCAGUAACGUCUCUUGGCUAGCUCGGCCGAAGAAAGCGGAGGUGCGCGUCAAACUGAACAGCGAAUUGACCGAUUAUCCGAUCGCCGGCAACGGCGACGAAAAGAAUCAUUAUCAUUUCCCAGUCGCCGAGAACGAAGGAAUCGGCCGAAGGCAGAAGCACAAGGCCGGCUUGCAAAUGCGCCAUAGUUUGACUUUGCUGGAACGCUUCACUGUGCUUGUCAUAGACGUGCGCGUCGAGCAGAUUGGUCCUGGGUACGUCGAGCUGCUGCUCGAUACAUCAUUCGGGCCCGUGUGCAUCUUGCAAACGGUCACGCCGAUCGAGCCGAUGCUGCAACGAGUAACCCAUCAGAUUUUUUCACCGCCACUGUUGGCGCCCUACGCCAAUCUGGUUUUCCUAGGCGAGUGUGUAAUGUUUGAGCGCGACGUAGUGAUCUGGAAUCAUAAGAGGUAUGAGCGGCAGCCAAUACUGGUGAGUGAGGAUCGUGCCAUCCGGGAAUAUCGGCGUUGGUACUCGCAGUUCUACUCCGCUCACAGUCCUACCUAUCAGAUGGCCAUUCAGAACCUGCAGUGGUAACAAUACAAGGCGCAGCUUCUUGUAAUCGGUAUCUCACACUUUUUAAAUCCUGGUAUAAUAUCAACAGAGAGGUUUGGAUCUAUAAUACUAUUAAUAUCCCAAAAUUGCUCGUAUAUUUAUUCACGGUCAUGAAAUCGCAAUGAUUGAUGUAGAACCCAUUAGACGAUUUAUAAUACAUAGAACUCAAGAAAGAAUUGUGUUUAUAAUUUUAUGUAUCGUGUAAUACGGAGAACACUAUGGAGGAAAAUUAGAAUACACACAUAUAUUUUUAAGAAUAAAAUUAUAAACAGAAUUUUAUCACAAACUAUGUAUAAAUCGUCUAAAAUGGUAUUUAUAAGUGAAUUGAGAAUUUUUUUCGUGUUCUUUCCGUAUUCUUUCCACCUCUCUUUUCUUUAUUGUGUUUAAAUGUUAUUAAGAUAUUAUUAAUUUUCGGCGUUCAAAUGAAUCAUUCUUCUAUAUCAAUAUAAUGCUCCAAUAUGCUAGACAUAUAUAUUUACUUGUGACAUCGUUUACUCACUGAUGACAUAUUCGAUGUACUGAAAUAUGUACUUACUUGACAAA